AUGGCAUCCAGAGGGUCACGCUUCUCCAGACAAAGGCAAGUGCUAUUUCUCUUUCUGUUCUGGGAACUAUGUUUGGCAGGCUCUGAGUUUGCACGUUAUUCUGUAACCGAGGAAGCAGAAAGGGGAUCCUUUGUGGCGAAUCUGGCAAAGGAACUAGGGCUAGGGGUGGAAGCUCUGGCUGCAAAGAGAACUAGGGUGGUUUCUGAUGAUAACAAACAGCGUUUGCUCCUGGAUUUUCACACUGGAGAUUUGCUCACAAAUGAGAAACUGGACCGGGAGAAGCUGUGUGGCUCCACAGAGCCCUGUAUACUCUAUUUCCAGAUUUUAAUGGAUAACCCCUUUCAGAUUUACCGGGCUGAGCUGAGAAUCGUGGAUAUAAAUGAUCACUCACCCGCCUUCCAGGACAAAGAGAUGAUUUUAAAAAUACCAGAAAGCACAGCCGUGGGAGCAGCAUUUCAAUUACAAAGAGCACUAGACUCAGAUGCAGGACGCAAUGGCAUCCAAAACUACACCAUCAGCCCCAACUCGCCUUUUCAUAUAACAAUUCAUGACAGCGACGAAGGGGUGAUAUACCCAGAGCUGGUGCUAGACAAACCUCUAGAUUGGGAAGAGGAGCGGGAGUUCAGUUUACAACUCACCGCAUUUGAUGGCGGGUCUCCGCCCAGGUCAGGAACAGCCACUGUACGUAUUCUGGUCUUGGACAUCAAUGAUAAUGCCCCGCAGUUUUCCCAGAAACUUUAUCAAACCCAGGCUCCAGAAAAUAGCUCAGUAGGACUUCCUCUUGUUAAAGUCUCUGCAGAAGAUGUGGACUCAGGAGUCAAUGCUGAAGUAUCCUAUUCGUUUUUUGAUGCUUCCGAAGAUAUUCGAGCAACCUUUCAAAUCAACCCUUUCUCGGGGGAAAUCGUGCUCAAAGCCUUGCUUGAUUAUGAGUUAGUAAAGUCCUAUAAGUUAAAUAUACAGGCAGUUGAUGGUGGAGGCCUUUCUGCUAAAUGUACGGUUUUAGUCCAUGUUUUAGACAUCAAUGACAACUCCCCAGAACUGAUCAUAUCAUCACUAGUCAACGAAGUUGUUGAGAACUCUCCCGAAACCGUGCUGGCAGUUUUUAGGAUCAACGACAGAGACUCUGGAGAAAAUGGAAAGACCGUUUGCUACAUUCAAAAAAAUCUGCCUUUCCUUCUAAGACCUUCUGUAGACAAUUUUUACAUCCUAAUGACAGAAGGAGCUCUGGACAGAGAGACCAGAUCACAAUACAACAUCACCAUCACAGUCACCGACAUGGGCACACCCAGGCUCACAACUCAGCACACCAUAACAGUGCAGGUCUCUGACGUCAACGACAACGCCCCCGCCUUCACUCAAAGCUCCUACACCCUGUUUGUCCAAGAGAACAACAGCCCCGCCCUGCACAUAGGCACCAUCAGCGCCACAGACUCAGACUCAGACUCCAAUGCCCACAUCACCUACUCGCUGCUGCCCACCCAGGACUCACAGCUGGAUCUCUCCUCGCUCAUCUCCAUCAAUGCUGACAACGGGCAGCUGUUCGCGCUCAGGGCGCUGGACUACGAGGCCCUGCAGACCUUCGAGUUCCACGUGGGCGCCACAGACCAAGGCUCGCCUGCGCUCAGUAGCCAGGCGCUGGUGCGCGUGCUGGUGCUGGACGCCAACGACAAUGCGCCCUUCGUGCUCUACCCGCUGCAGAACGCCUCUGCGCCCUUCACAGAGCUGCUGCCCAGGGCGGCAGAGCCAGGUUACCUGGUCACCAAGGUGGUGGCUGUGGACAGCGACUCGGGACAGAAUGCCUGGCUGUCGUUCCAGCUGCUCAAAGCCACGGAGCCAGGGCUGUUUAGUGUAUGGACUCAUAAUGGCGAGGUGCGCACCUCCAGGCUGCUGAGUGAGCGCGAUUCGCCCAAGCACAGGCUGCUGCUGCUGGUCAAGGACAAUGGCGAUCCUCCGCGGUCUUCCAGUGUCACUCUGCAUGUGCUGCUGGUGGAUGGCUUCUCUCAGCCCUACCUGCCUCUGCCUGAGGUGGUACGUGAUCCUGCCCAGGAUGAGGAUGCGCUCACGCUGUACCUGGUCAUCGCCUUGGCGUCUGUGUCUUCGCUCUUCCUCUUGUCUGUGCUGUUGUUCGUGGGGGUGAGACUGUGCAGGAGGGCCAGGGCAUCCUCGCUGAGGGCCUGCUCCGUGCCGGAGGGACACUUUCCUGGCCACCUGGUGGAUGUCAGCGGCAUGGGCACCCUGUCCCAAAGCUACCAAUAUGAUGUGUGUCUGAUGGGAGGCUCUUCUGAUACCAAUGAUUUCAAGUUCCUGAAACCAAUAAUACAUCCCGAUGUUCAUGCUCAUGGCUCCCAGAGCAAUGGUGAUGAAAAGCCCAUAUUUUGACGUCUCUAUUUUUGAGUAUGUUUCAUUCCAUUUAAUGUAUGGUACAGCCAUAUGAAUGCUAGUUUAGUUGUGCAGUAGUUGCAACCCAAGACAACACAACUUCAUUUUCAACUUCCAAGUAGGUCACGUUUACAUUCUUCCAGUGUUCUUACAUUAGUGAUUAUUUUUAACAGAACGUGUACCACGUUAAGUUUUAGGUUUGGUUCUUUCA